CGGGGGGGGGGCGGGGGCGGGGGCGGGGGCGGCGGCGGUUGGGGCCGGGCAGGUUGCGCCUCUGCGCCCGCCCCUCCCGCCGUGGGGCGGCCCUCGCCCUCCCCCGGCUCCGGCUCUGCCCGGGCGGCGCCCACCGCCUCCCGGCCCCGGCGGGCGACGGACGCGGCCUCACGGUGUACGGGCACGUGUGUGCUAUGGCUUAUAUGCAUUAGAGUGAUAGUGACAUUUACUGGUGUAUUUGAGGAGCUGCCUAUGAAAGACCACCUUUGUACCCUUGGAAGCCUUGUUAUAGUUAAUGGGAUUCUGCAGUGAUCUUGGCCAUAUCUUCUCCACCUCUGCCUAGGUGUUUAACAGCAGUGGGUUGUGAAUUUAAGCCUUUGAUAACCUCAGGCUAUCAGCAUUGCUGUCUUCAGGAUAGAUAACAGCACUCAAAGCGUCUUCAGGGGAUGCACCAUGACAUCAGCCGUCAUUGACACUGGAGGCCCUGGCCUGGAGUUCGACAGCAAUGGAAUAAAACCCCAAGAGGAAAAUGAGGCAGUCUCUGAAUUCCCAGCAGUGAUUGUGGAGCCAGUUCCUAGUGCCAGACUAGAACAGGGUUAUGCUGCUCAGGUCCUGGUUUAUGAUGACGAGACUUACCUGAUGCAAGAUGUAGCAGAGGAACAAGAAAUUGAGACUGAAACUGUGGAAACAGGGGAAGGGAAGAGAUACUGGGCUGUGGGUAGGAAGCGAUUCCAUGUUGGAGAGGUGGUAAAAGUGGAAGCAUCGGUUCAUGGAAGUAAUGUACACUGCACGGAUAAGACAAUUGAAGCUGCGGAGGCCUUGCUUCAUAUGGAGUCUCCUACUUGCUUGAGAGAUGCCAGGAGUCCUGUGGAAGUGUUUGUCCCUCCUUGUGUGUCAACCCCAGAAUUUAUCCAUGCGGCCAUGAGACCUGACGUGAUCACAGAAACUGUGGUGGAGGUAUCAACGGAGGAAUCUGAACCAAUGGAUGCAUCUCCUGUUCCAACUUCCCCUGAUAUUCAUGAACCAAUGAAAAAGAAAAAAGCUGGCCGUAAACCGAAGACCCAACAAUCGGCUAUAUCUGAUGGGUCUCCAGAUCUAGGUAUAAAGAAGAAACCUAGAGAAGGCAAAGGGAAUACAACAUACUUAUGGGAGUUUCUUCUGGACCUUCUCCAGGACAAAAAUACUUGUCCUCGAUACAUUAAAUGGACUCAGCGAGAGAAGGGAAUCUUCAAACUUGUGGACUCAAAAGCUGUCUCCAAACUGUGGGGAAAACACAAAAACAAACCUGACAUGAACUAUGAGACUAUGGGAAGAGCUCUGAGAUACUACUAUCAAAGAGGAAUCCUUGCGAAAGUUGAGGGACAGAGGCUUGUAUAUCAGUUUAAGGAGAUGCCAAAAAAUAUAGUUGUCAUAGAUGAUGACAAAAGCGAGUCCUGCAGUGAAGAUUUGUCAAUGCCUACAGAUGAAAAGUCAUUGGAAAGAGUGUCUUUAUCUGCAGAAAACCUUUUAAAAGCAGCAACCUCUGCACGUGGAGGAAAAAAUUCGUCUCAGUUAAGCUGUACUAGAACAGAAAAAGCAGUCACCAGAGUUGUGAAUAUUGCCUCACCAGCGCAUGACACAUCGUCAUCUCGUCCCUCAACUACCACUACUACUGUCCCAGCAACGACAGCUCCCAGGACUGUACGUGUGGCAAUGCAAGUGCCUGUUGUAAUGACCUCUCUGGGACAGAAAAUCUCAACUGUGGCAGUACAGUCGGUAAACGCAGGGUCGCCGUUAAUAACCAACACAAGUCCAACCACAGCAACAACUCCAAAGGUAGUAAUCCAGACAAUUCCUACUGUGAUGCCAACCUCUGCGGAAAACAGAGACAAAAUCACAAUGCAGCCUGCCAAAAUCAUUACCAUCCCUGCCACGCAACUCACGCAGUGUCAGUUACAAACAAAAACGGGCCUGUCGGGGUCAGGAAGUAUUAACAUAGUGGGAACCCCACUGGCUGUUAGAGCACUAACCCCAGUGUCUAUAGCUCAUGGGACACCAGUAAUGAGACUAUCAGUGCCUGCUCAGCAGGCAUCUGGCCAGACUCCUCCCAGGGUGAUUAGUGCAGUUAUAAAAAGUCCAGAAGUUAAAUCAGACACAGCGGCUUUAAAACAGGAAUGUGAAGUGAAAACACUGCAGCUGGUAAAAGAAGAGAAGCCAGCAGAUGGGAGCAAGACUGUGACCCACGUAGUAGUAGUUAGCACACCCUCAGCUAUUGCCCUUCCCGUAACAAUGAAAACAGAAGGAAUCAUAACGUGCGAGAAAUGAAGAGUAGGUUGCUUCCAGCAUGGACUUCUAGACUGUUACGGUUUUGAAUAUACUGACAGAAUUGGGGGAGGGAAGUGGAUGCGAUCACCAAGUCGAAAAGGAGAGUUCUGAAAUGUUAAUAAACAUGCAUAUGUUGAAGAUAUACUGGAAAAAAAUUUAUUUUCCCAUGUUUCAGUGGGAAUUGAACCACAUUGAUGUGCUGACAAAAACUGCCUCUUCCAGUUGGGAGACAGCUGAACCUAUGGAGAAGGAAAGAUAGAGGGACUGAAAAGGGACCAAACAGUUCACUACGUUACCUGUUACCAAAUUACACUAAGACCUGGAACACUAAAAGAGAGUUGUGUGAGAGGUUUGCCUUGGUUUUCAGUUUUCAGGGGGAGAGGAAAGUCUCAUUGUUACAAGUGGCAAAUUUGAUGCAUUUUAUAUGCAUACCAGCAAUUAUUACUGUGUGACCACAGUAUUCAACUGGUGCUAUGUGAAAAACUCUGCUACUAGGUCUUGUAGAAUGUGAAAUAAAGGAGAAGAUUAAAGAGCUUCUAAAAGAAGACAGAGACCUAGAGGGAUUUUUGUAUCAUACAGCUUAAGGAGAUUCGAAAUGAAAGCCUUAGACUGAUUUUCAGUUAUCGUCUUGAAAUAAGCUAAUGGCUUGUUUGUGUAAAGCUUUUUUAUUAAAACAAAUUUUUUAAAAAUCUUGUACCUAGCACAGUAUUGUUAUAGAAUUACAUGUAAAAUAUUUUGUAUGGUAGUUAAAAGUCUGUCUAAAUUUCUUAAUUGUGGACAAAAUAGCAGCAGGCUUUGCGCCUUCUGCUGUAACAUGCCUGUGUCUCUCACUCUAGCCUUGACAUCCCCGCAUACAUUUCAGUUUCAGCUCUACUCUGUCACUUGAAAGGUCACACCCAGCAUGAGCUUUUUGUCAGGUAGUUCUAAACCUGUAAAUUUUUUUUUAGUCGAAGUUAAGAGGGAAGUACCAGUGUUCAGAAUGAACUAUAAUAGUUUGUAUAUUCAACAUUUGAAGUAUAUUCUAUUUUGUUGUACUCUUGUUUCAAAGUGUAUUCAAGUAGGUUUUACUGAAAUAUAGAAACGAAAUUUAAUGGUG